AUGACUUACCAUGAGAAGUUAUUCGAAGGUGAUUUGAUAUUUGUGCCAUUCUUUUCGUCUCUGAGUUACAAUCGUUAUUCGAAGGUGAUUCGCCCUCAAAAGAAGAGCAAGAACUGGGAAUUACAAGCCAAAUUGGUCAAGUUUUUGAGGAAUCAAAAGGAAUGGAAAGUUUCAGGUGGGAGAAAUCAUGUGGUUCUGGCUCAUCAUCCCAAUAGUAUGCUUUAUGCCAGGAUGCAACUCUGGCCUGCAAUUUUCGUAUUUUCCGAUUUCGAAAGGUAUCCGAUCAACAUAGUGAAUGUCGAUAAAGAUGUGAUCGCGCCUUGCAAACAUUUAAUCAGAGAUUAUGUUAAUGAUUCGUCAGAUUUCGAUAGCCGGAAAACACUGCUGUUCUUCCAAGGUGCCAUACACAGGAAAGAUGAAGGUGGAUUUGCUAGGCAAGAGUUAUUUUAUCUUCUCCAAAACGAGAAAGAUGUACCUUUCUCAUAUGGGAGUGUUCAACAUAAUGGAAUUCGCAAGGCAAGCCAAGGUAUGCAUUCAUCCAAGUUCUGCCUAAACAUUGCCCGCCAACCGCCUGUUCGACUCCCUUAUGAAGACGUUCUCGACUACUCUGAAUUCUGCAUAUUCAUCCGAGCUUCAGACGCCGUGAAAAAAGGGUUCCAGAUAAACCGAAUCCGGAGCAUCACGAAGGACGAAUGGACCCGAAUGUGGGAGAGAUUGAAACAAGUCGAGCCAUUGUUCGAGUUUCAGUAUCCAUCAAAGGAAGGCGACGCGGUUCAAAUGAUAUGGCAGUCAUUGGCUCACAAGGUUGCUGGUGUGAAUAUGAAAAUAAACAAGUCUAGGAGGUACUCUCGUUUUGUUCCUCGCCAUAGGAGAGGGCUAAGAACUAUACCAGAACCACUAAACUUUCCGUGA